GUGUGUUUCUAUGUGUGCGUGUGUUCUGUGUGUAUUUCUGUAUGUGUGUGCGUUGAUCCUCUCUGCUGGGUCACGUGCAGCCCCUGAGCUGCUCGCAGAGAGAGAGAGAGAGAGGAAGGGGGCGGAGCCAGCGUCUCGUGCCUGCUCUGUUACCGGAGCGGCUCGCGGGCAGCAGACAGAGGGAUGGUCUCGCGCUCGGCGGCAGCAGCAGGUCAUGUUGUCCGCGCGGCGGGAGACCUUCCCGCGUGUCACCUUCAGAGGAGCAACGACUGCAGGACCUCCAGACAGGAUGGGAGGAGACACCUGUCCUCACAAGUUGGGAUCGACCAAUCAGCUGCAGCGGCUGCUCCUCUACAUCCUGAUUCCAACUGUGAGCCUGUUGGGAGUCCUGCUGCUGAGCCUGGGCCUGACCGGUAUUUUUGGCCGUAACCUCUCUGACUCCGCCCUGCCCUCCCCUGAGCCAAUUGCCGACAGCGACCAUGGUUACCAUGACAACAGCACAAGGGACCCCUCCUCUUCCUGGUUUGAGGCUGAAAACGUCACGUUGUUCACGGCGGACCGAAGCCAGACCACAGCCGGACCUCCCGUUUCCUCCUCUCAGGCCCCGCCCACUCAGCCACAUACCAAGCCUCCCGAUUGGCUGGUGGCCGUGACAUCACUGAGCACCGCCUGGCCGACUGGCACGACUUUGACACCUGACACAGGUCGCUGUCAGCUGAUCGUGGAGCCUCAGUGUCACAUGCUGCCCUACAACCAGACCUGGCUGUCGUCCUCCGUCGCUGUGGUGAAGAGCUCCGAGGUCGACAUGUUGCUACGAUUCUUCAGCUACCUCAGCAGACUCUCCUGCUACAGACACAUCAUGCUGUUUGGCUGCUCGCUGGCGCUGCCCGAGUGUAUCGCUGCUGACGACACACACCUCAGGAAGGUUGUGUUACCUUGUGCGUCGUUCUGUGAGGCGGCGAGGGAAGGCUGUGAGCCCGUCCUCCAGAUGUUCAACGCCUCCUGGCCCGACUUCCUGCGCUGCUCCCAGUUCAGCAACGCCACCACCGGCCUGCCGCCAUCUGGACCUUCAUCACCACCACUGUCAUCAUCAUCAUCAUCAUCAUCAUCACCAUCACCAUCUUCAUCAUCACCAUCACCAUCACCAUCACCAUCUUCUUCCUCUUCAUCACUUCCUGUCUGCUACACACCGCGGCAGAUCAAAGGGAAACCCUCCGUGUGUGGCGGGAAAGACCACUUCCUGUGUGCAACGGGGAUCUGUGUCCCUCAGAAACUGGUGUGUAACGGAUACAACGACUGUGACGACUGGAGCGACGAAACACACUGUGUGUGCUCAGACGGAGAGUUUCGCUGCAACACCGGACGAUGUUUGUCUCCCAGCCUGGUCUGUGACGGAUACGACGACUGUGGAGACCUGAGUGAUGAACACACCUGUGUGUGCGAUCCGACUCGUGAGCAUCGCUGUGCCGACGGCCGCUGUGUGUCCAGAGACUGGUUGUGUGACGGAGAUCACGACUGUCUGGACAAGAGUGAUGAACUCAACUGCUCCUGUAAGAGUCAGGGUCUGCUGGAGUGCUCCAACGGUCAGUGCAUCCCAUCGGCAUUUCGCUGCGACGGAGAGGACGACUGCAAGGACGGCAGCGAUGAAGAGCACUGCAGCCGAGAGCAGAGUCCAGCAGGGUGUGUAUCUGGACAGCCCAGCUGCAUCUCUACUUCCUGUCAGUGUGUCUCCAGCUCCAGCUGUGACUCCAGAAACAACAACAGCUGCACCCGCUGUGAACCCAUCAGCCUGGAGCUGUGCAUGAACCUGCCCUACAACCUGACCAGCUUCCCCAACUUCCUGGGCCACCAGUCCCAGAGGGAGAGCUCCGUGUCCUGGGAGUCGUCUCUGUUCCCGGCCCUGGUCCAGACCGGCUGCUACCAGUACCUCAUGUUCUACGCCUGUACGCUGCUGGUGCCCAAGUGUGACCCGGUCAGCCUGCAGAGGGUCCCUCCAUGCAGGUCUCUGUGUCGUCAUGCUAAAGAGAAAUGUGAGUCGGUGCUCGGCAUCGUGGGGCUGCAGUGGCCUGAAGACUCCGACUGUGGACAGUUUCCAGAAGAUGGAGGAAACUCCACAUGUCUGCUGCCAGAGGAGGGAGUGGACGAGUGUUCUCCCAGUCACUUCAAAUGCCGUUCUGGUCGCUGUGUUCUGUCGACUAAACGCUGCGAUGGUCACCUGGACUGUGACGACCACAGUGAUGAGGACGACUGCGGCUGUUCUGAGCGUGCUCUGUGGGAGUGUCCCGGCAGUAAGGUGUGCAUUAAGGCCAGUAUGAUCUGCGACGGCUUCCCAGACUGCCCCCUGCUGGUGGACGAGGCCAACUGCUCGGUGUGCAGCGACAAUGAGCUGUCCUGUAACAACCACCAGUGUGUCCAUCGUACUCUGUGGUGUGACGGAAAGAAGCACUGCUCAGACAGCUCUGACGAGUGGAACUGUGUGUCUCUGUCAGACCAGUCCGGUUCUGUCCUGACGGUCUUUAGAACGGCAGCAGAGUACCAGGUCUGUGCUGAUGAGUGGAACCAUGAGUUGAGCCGACUGACCUGCAGCCAGCUGGGACUAGGGGUUCCCUCCUCUGUCUCCAUGGUAACCGACCAACCAGGUGCUCCAGGUCGUCGCCGUUGGUUACACGUCCAUCCAGAGUGGAACCUGAGGAAUGGUUCUGCUCUCCAGGCCCGGUUGGAGAAGAGAAGCCACGCCUGUCAUUCCAGGAGGAGAGUCUCAGUCCUCUGUACCAGAGAAGACUGUGGUCGGCGGGCAGCAGUAGGCGUCCACCCUCACAGGAAGAAGAGGAUUCUGGGAGGCCGGGUGUCACGGCGGGGGGCGUGGCCAUGGCAGUGCUCGCUGCAGAGCGGUCAGAGCGGACACGUCUGUGGCUGCGUCCUCAUCGCCCGGCGGUGGGUGCUGACAGUCGCUCACUGCUUCGAAGGGAGGGAGAGCGCUGAUCUGUGGAAGGUGGUUCUGGGCCUCAGUAACCUCGACCAUCCAGGUGUUCACAGUCAGAGUCGCGGUGUUCGGUCCAUCAUCGUUCACCCAAGAUACAACCGGGCCGUGGUCGACUACGACAUCAGCGUGGUGCAGCUCGACUCUGAGGUGGAAGAGACGCCGUUCGUCAGACCAGUGUGUCUUCCUCAACUUGGUCAGCUGCCGUCUCCGGACUCCUACUGCUACAUCACCGGCUGGGGUCACAUGGGCAACAGGAUGCCCUUUAAGCUCCAGGAGGGGGAGGUCCGGAUCAUCUCCCUGUCUCAGUGCCAGUCUUACUUUGACAUGAAGACCAUCACUCCCAGAAUGCUUUGUGCCGGUUACGACGCUGGAACCGUCGACUCCUGCAUGGGCGACAGCGGCGGCCCGCUGGUUUGUGAGGACGACGGUGGUCAUUGGACGCUGUUCGGCCUCACAUCGUGGGGCAGCGUCUGCUUCAGCAAAGUGCUCGGACCCGGAGUUUACAGCAACGUGACGCAUUUCACACCAUGGAUCCAGCAGCAGAUCUAUGUUCACACGUACCUGAGCGACUGAACUGAGCGCCCGUUCAUUCCAGGAGGAGGUGAUGUCAUCAUGAGGCGCCACAUACCUUCAGAUCCUCUACCUGUGCCUAUAUCUAUACUGAUCGCCUUCAGACGCUGGCUGCUGACCCAGCAGUUGUAGGAUUACUAGUGCUCCAGAUGCUAACAAGCUAGCUAUUUGUGGAUGAGUAGAACUCACUUUUGUACUAUUAAACGUUCACUAAGUUCUCAUGAUUGUUUUCUAGUUCAGGAACAUGUGGAAGCAAAGAAUCUUGUAGACUUGAGGUUUAACAACUGAUGUCACACACCAGCUGUCUGUUGAAUUCAUGCAAGUUUGAAGAGGAGACGUCCUGCUAAAUCUGAGUUUAUGUGCUGAUCCUCUGAGCUCUGAGGGCAAUAGAAGUCUAGAAAAGACAGAACAAAAUUAAACUUCUUUGAUCAUUUAUUUUAUAGAACUAACUUGGACUGGUUUUACAGUAGUUUGGGAUUUAUGUUUUUACUAGUUUUGGACUAGAUUUGGACAAUUUAAACUACUUUUGGACUGCUUCUAGACACGUUUUCAACCAACUAUGGACUGGUUUUAGACUAGUUUUAACUGAUUUUAAACCAGUUUUGAAUGGUUUUAGACUAGAUUGAUUUUGGACUAGUUUCGACUGGUCUUAAACUAGUUUUGACUGGUUUUAGACUAGUUUUGGACUAGUUUUGACUGGUUUUGAACUAGUUUUGACUGGUUUUAGACUAGUUUUGACUGGUCUUGCACCAGUUUUGACUGGUUUUAAAUAGUUUUAAUUGGGUUUAGACUAAUUGUGACUGGUUUUUAACUGACAACAUACUAAACUAUGACGUUUUUAACUGAUAACUGUGAUUCUCUUAAGACUAGUUUUAAUUGGUUUUAGACUAGUUUUAAUUGGUUUCAGACUAGUUUUGAUUGGUUUUAAACUAGUUUUCCACAACUGAGCAUCAUGUUGAACCUUAGCUGAAGUGUUUAUUCACUUAAAACCCUGAGGAGCCUCCAGUAACCCUCCAGUAGGCAUCAGUGGUGGUUAAACAUCACAGUUAAACUCAACUUUCUUUGCGUUCACAUGAAGAUUUCCUGUUGUUAUAAACAGAGUUUCAGUUUAUUGUUGUGUUAAAACUCUGUGUGGAUGGAAACACUCCCUGGAAACAGGGACAACAGGAAAACGUCUUUCUGAAACUCAGCGGUUAAACAGUUAAACCUUUGAUUCUCACUGAAACAGCCCCGUAUUUUCCUGCGAAUUUCCUUGAAACCUUCCUCAAAGUUUCCAGAACCGUAGCUGUAAAUGACAUCUUAAUGUGGUGCUAAUCAAAGUGGCUCCAGUAAGUAGUUUAUGAUGCAUAUUUACUGAUCAAGAACCGACAUCUUUAGCUGUUCUAGAAAACUCUGAUGUCUGUUGGAGUUAAGCACCAAAUGGAGUCGGUUCAUAUUCCUUCUUUUAUGGCUGAACAGCAGCUUGAUUUCAGGAAGUUAUGAGGAACGUUUCCAGGAACGUGGCUGUAAAAUAUACCAGACAUCUUCACAAUGAUGACAAAGCUGCUAGCUAAAACCAAACCAGCUGCUAGCUAAAACCAGACCAGCUGAGCACUCAACCUCCCACAAUGCUUCACUCUAUAGUGCCUGUACUUAAAGUUAGCAGUAAAACUUGUUACCUGUACAAUGUCGUACUGUACGUGUGCCUGAGUGUGAAUGUCAGCAAGAACGAACGACCACUUUCUUUGCUUCUCAACACACUGGUAACUUAUUUGGGCAACUUUAAUGGUCAACACUGUCUUCAGUUUAAAUCUAUAUCCGACAGUCCCUUAGAGUCCCCAGAUAAUCCACGUUAACCCUGGAUAAUGCAUUAGGAGGUAACAGGUACUUUAGAACUCACUCUAACGUCAUUUUAGUGUAAUUGUUUAGAACCACAACUCAUUAGCUGCUGAUCAAACCUGAAGUUUGAACAAAUACUGAAUAUCAGCACCUAAAAUUAAAUACCAGCGACAUGUCAUAGUGUUUAAAUAAAGAUUUAUUCCUGAAUUUAAAUAGUAAAGUCAAAACACACAGCAAAAACAGAAAUAUUCAAAUACCUGCUUAUAACUGUAGCAUAUUGCUAAUAAGGGUACGAAUGCUAACAUGCAUUAGCCUUAACUCGUUGUAGUUUUAGUUAGCUCGCAGACUCACUAACACAAACAAUUAACUGCCGAAUUAGCGCCAGCUAGAAUAUGAAGCACAAAUGUAGCACACUGACAAUAUACAACAUUUAUUAAUGUGUUUUAAUAGCAGUAGCACCAAGCUACAUUAGCUUUUGCCAUGUAUUUAGAAGCCAGUGAUGUCCAGCUGUUUUAACAGUAGCAGAGUUCACUGACUAGAUGUUGUUGCUAAAGUUAGCUAGUAGUAAAAAAAAAAAGGCUGCAGGAGAAUUGGACCAUUUUGGGGAAACCUGAAUGUCUUUGCGUAGUCAUGUGACUCUUGAAUCAUCCCUCUCCAGGCAGUUCAACCACCAUUAACACCAUACAUCAUCCCUCCCCAGGUAGUUUGAACAUACAAACACCUUGAAUCAUCCAUCUUAAGUCGGUUUCACCACCAUUAACAUCUUGAGUAAUUCCUCCCCAUACAGUUUCAGCACUGUAAUCGCCUUGAGUCCCUCCUCACCACGUAGUUUCAGUUACCACCUUGAGUCGUCCCUCUCUAUGCAGUUUCACUCUAUAAUACUUUGAGUCAUGGGAAGUGUCCUCUUCGUCUUUCUCCCAGCGGAGUCCACCUCUUUUCUAGCAGUGAUGCUUUGAUUCUGUUGUAAUACCAUGACUGACCACUAGGACACGCCCGUGGUCAUAGCUUUAAUGACUCUUCAGACUGACGCUAAUCUCUGCACUCCUUUUGAUUUGGGUAGAUGAAAGAGGCACAAAUUACAAAUUAGUUCGCACAAAAAAACAGAAGAGUCUUUAUAAACAUUUGUUUAACCUCUUGCUGUGCAGCAGCGCCCCCUGGUGUGUGGACGACAGAAUUAUUAGGAGCUCGUAAAUUCCAAAUAUGUGAAAUUAGAAGUUUAGAAGAGUUGCUGUCGGUUUGUAAUAAUACAGAUAUCUUCCCACUCUCUGAAAGAGUGCAUCCUAUAAUCCACCAUGUCUAAAAAUAAGAGGGUUUUUAAAUAAGUUAACUGACAAAUUACAAAGUCCUGUGUGUCCACCUGUCCAUGAGUCUAUGGACAGAUUCUGAAGGAGAGUUUCUGCCUGUACCUGGUUUCAGACUAGUUUAGAACCAGAUUUGGACUGGUUUCAGAUUAGUUUAGAACUAGUUUUGGACUGGUUUCAGACUAGUUUAGAACCAGAUUUGGACUGGUUUCAGACGAGUUUAGAACUAGUUUUGGACUUGUUUCAGACGAGUUUAGAACUAGUUUUGGACUGGUUUCAGACUAGUUUACAUAAAGUUUUGGACUGGUUUCAGACGAGUUUAGAACCAGAUUUGGACUGGUUUCAGACUAGUUUACAUAAAGUUUUGGACUGGUUUCAGACUAGUUUAGAACCAGAUUUGGACUGGUUUCAGACGAGGUUAAAACUAGUUUUGGACUGGUUUCAGACUAGUUUACAUCUAGUUUUGGACUUGUUUCAGACUAGUUUACAUCUACUUUUGGACUGGUUACAGAUUAGUUUAGAACUAGAUUUGGACUGGUUUCAGACUAGUUUACAUUAAGUUUUGGACUGGUUUCAGACUAAACUUUAAUAGUCCUCUCAUAUUUGAUCGAUAAACACCAUUAAGUAUGACUUUUGGCCUCAUAAACCACAGGUUUUAUUGUUUUGCUCCAGUAUCACUCCAACAUUUCCGUCUGUCUCAGUCCUUUCCAGGUUCUGUAGGAUUCUUCCAAUCACCCUGAAAAUGGAACAGCCGGUUAGUUGUCCAACAAACUGCCCAUGUAGCUUCUUCUACGUCGAGGUCGAACUGACAUCCGAAACAUUCCAAGUGGCUGCUGCUGCUGCUGCUGCUGUUUUGUGUGUUUGGUUUUUUAAGAGUAUUUUUCUACAGCUUUUGUAUGUCAUGCUUCUUACAGGGCUGUCGGUAUGUGUGUUGGCGUGUGUGUGUUGGUGUGUGAACAUGCAAUCACUGUGUGUUUGUACGUGAUCUGAUUUCUUCCUCGCUGUUCCAUGAUGACUGAUGUGAAUCUAAAUGCUCUCUGAACAGACUGUAGCCUCUGAUGUUUUGUGUAAACGGUGAAUAUUUGGUUUGUAUCAUCUUGUAUUGCACCAAUAAAAUUAUACUCUCA